AUGGGUGUCCACUGGUUCACCUUCUUUCUCAACUUACCUGUGGCCACUUGGAAUGUAGAUCGGUUCAUUAUGGUGCCACGUGGUAACAUGGGAGGGUUUGAUCCAAGAGAAAUACACAAUCGAGAGCAGCUGAAGUCGCACAUGAAAGAAGCCAUGAUCAAGCUUGGUUUCCACCUGCUCUGUUUUUGA